AGUUCAACUCCAAAAGAGGACAGUAAAACCUAGCAAAGCGGUUAAAAAGCACCUGCUAAGCAUCACCACUUUGGAAAAAGUGAUUACCAGCUCCAACACCCAAAGAGAAGCCCAGAAAUGACAGUGCAAGAGUAUACUGGCAGAGAGUAGGAGAGGACAUUGCAGCUGGGGGGAAAGAAAGUCCAAAUAGCAGAGUAAAUCUAGAAAGUGGGCGUGGUAUCUUUCCAUAGAUUUUCUUAUUCUUUCUCUUGUCUAUUCUCUUCCCUCCUCCUCACCUUCUUCUUUCUUUCUCCACCAUCGGGCCAUCACUGUCUCCGAUCCAUUAUUGGCCUUUGCCCUCUCCUCUUCCUCCUCCUUGUUCUUCUUGGGUUUCAGGGGAAAGAGAAGGCGAGAUUUGAUAGGGAGGAGAGGAAUUGUUGUUGUUUGUUUGGGUAAGUUGGUUGUUUUGUGUUGUGGAGAGAUGGACCCCAAGUUUCCUCCUCCCCCACCGCUAAACAAAACGGAGCCCACCACCGGCGUGACGACCACCACCACCACGACCUCCCAGCAGCAGCUGGAUCACGAGCAGUAUCACCAGCCGCAGCAGCACCUGCAAAUCCAAGUGCACCAGCAGCAGCAGGAGGAAGAUGGCGGCGGGGGAAAGGAGCAGCAGCAGCAGGUGGUGGCGGCGGCGGGGGCGGGGGAGAGGAGGGUGCAGGGGCUGGGGCCGAAGCGGAGCUCCAACAAGGACCGGCACACCAAGGUGGACGGGCGGGGGCGGCGGAUCCGGAUGCCGGCGCUGUGCGCGGCGCGGAUCUUCCAGCUGACGCGGGAGCUGGGGCACAAGUCGGACGGGGAGACGGUCCAGUGGCUGCUGCAGCAGGCGGAGCCGGCCAUCGUCGCCGCCACAGGGUCCGGCACCAUACCGGCGUCCGCGCUCGCCUCCGUCGCGCCCUCGCUGCCUUCGCCCACCUCCGCGCUCGCCAGGCCGCACCACCACCACCACCUCUGGGGGCCCUCGGCGGCGGGGUUCUCCCCGGCCGGGUUCAUGAACUCGGCCCCAGCCGGCGCUGACUCUGGGGGCGGCCUCGGCGGGCUUAUGCAGAGGAUAGGGCUUCCCGCCGGGAUGGAGCUCCCUGGCGGCGGUGGUGGGGGGCACAUCGGGUUCGCGCCCAUGUUCGCCAGCCACGCGGCGGCGGCGGCGGCCAUGCCGGGGCUGGAGCUCGGGCUGUCCCAGGAAGGCCACAUCGGCGUGCUCGCCGCGCAGUCCUUCAGCCAGUUCUACCACCAGGUCGGCGGCGCCGGGGGCAGCGGCCAGCUGCAGCACCCGCACCCUCAGCAGCAUCACCAUCACCAACAGCCGCAGCAGCAGCAGCAGCAAGAGGACGGGGAGGACGAACGCGACGAGGGCGACUCCGACGAGGAGUCCGGCGGGCAGUAGUGGGCUGUGCAUCUCACCUAUCCCUGCGUUUGGUCGUGUUUCUCGAGGAGGAGAAACCAAGGAAGGAGAGAAAACUGUAUGCUAUGGCGAUCAGUCCUCUGAUGGCGAUGCCUUUUUACCAUUAGCUUGUUGUUCUUGGGUUGUCAUGUGUCGAUUUUUCUUUGUUUCUCUUGUGGUGUCAAAACUCAAAAGAGGCUUCUUGCUCUGGGGUCUUGGUGGAACGGAUCAGUAUCGUCCUCAGUUCCUACUCCCACUGUAGCACUGCUCUUUCGACGAUCCGAGAAUUGCCUCCAAUUCAGGUGUAUAAUAGCUGAGAGCUGGAUGAUUACGAUCAUCCGUCCGAGUGAGUGCCUUAUUUGUUAUUUGCAAGGUGUAUAGAUAUUCAGGUAAUUUUGGAGCUAGGGAGGUGUUCUUUUAUGGGAUUAGCGAUCCUCUUUUGAGCGAUCACGAUGAUAGCCGGCAAUUCAAUCAUCCCUUCAUGGGCUAUUUCUGCAACCAAAAUAUGAUACACAUACAUUUCUUGAUCCCUGAUUCUACAUGUUUACUUUCAUGGACAAUCAUUUUACAUGGCAUAUGCUUAUUUGCUUCUUCUAUGUCAGGGCAAUGAUAUAUAUUAUAUUGAUUUCAAGAA